GUUUUCCAAGACAUGGAGACGCUCGAGAAGUUUUUGGGUCUGCGAUCACUGUACUUGUUCAACCUGAUGAGCACCCUGUGCGCAAUGCCUGGUGUUGACAUCAAAGAUGUCCAUUCGGACACUCUUGUCAUGCUGCGGUCGCUUGCUGAGUCAGUCACCAAAGAUCCACUCCACAUGAACAAGCUUGUCCCCUUCGAUAUCUUGCUCAGCUGGGGCGAGUGGAGCAAGCGGUGGGUCGAGCUCUUGCAGGGCGCCGCUACGGUGGCUGACGUGUGCAAGCGCGUGGACAAGUACUGCAAGUGUGAAGACGGGGAUGGUUGUUUGUCAAUCGCUGACAAGCUGGGCGCCAUCGCAAGGCUGAAGUCGGAGCAGCGUGCUGAUGCAACCCGACCUUUGGAUGCGCGAGCAGGCACACGGGCAUGCGACGUGUAA